CUUCUACAUUGAGAUAUAGAAAAAGAGAGAGUCUCUCUCCAUGUUCACACUGUUGUUACAUAUGAACAGUUACGCACAUUGCACAAUAUUUGACUAUAGAAACGUGACAUCAGCUUAUACAAAUAUUGAGACUGGCCGCACACGUUAACAGUUUAUCUUCUGAACCCCAAGAUGGUCGACGUCAAGGCUCAAAACCUUCUACUUGGGAUAAUGAUGUUGCUGGUGGGUGAUAUUCAUGGCACAGAGGCAUAUCAAAAAAACACCAAGAGACCCCUAAGAUCAAACAAGAUCUUCAAAAAAUAUGAUAUUUCAGUUAAUCAGGUUCAAGCGAUUGAUGCUUGUCGAAUAAUGCAUGGUCGCCUUGCACUACCUGAGAGUAAAGAAGAGGAUGCACAAAUACGCAAAAUCAUUGGCAAUAAUUUCUAUAUGAAUCCCAAACCAUACAAUUCAGCAUACUGGCUCCGAGCUGAUGACAAAAACUAUGAGGGGUACUGGACUGAUAGUUUCACAGGCAAACCCCUGAAGUACCUUAACUUUGAAGCGAGCCAGCUUAACAGCGAUUCAGAAGAUUGCCUCUCUAUAAACUCUUAUAACAGCCAAUGGAACAACAUAAGUUGUAACCUUUUCACAAAAGGUUACUUGUGUGAAUAUACUGAUUAAUUAGUUAUAUGAUUAGAUACUUAUAUUUUUCAUGGGUAAAGCCAGGAAUACCAACAAAACACUAAAAAUUGACCAUAUUUCAAUAAAAGUCUUCUGUUAAUUGAGUAGCAAGUGGAGGAGUUAACAUCAAACAACUCCUCUGCAUAACUGUUGAUAGGAUUUCCAAAAUAGUAUUGUCUACCAUUUCUUUAAUGUUUCUGGAAAAUUACUAUAAUUGAGUGAAAUUUUGGGAAGUAAAAAUCUGUUAUAAGUUUUUAUAAGUUAUUAUUCCUUAUUGCCUUGUUAUGUAAGAACGAGAGUUCAAAUGGUUGAAAUUUGUUUUUUUUAUGUAGAAGCAGCACCAGAGAGUAAUAGAAGAUACCAAGAGAUGCAAUGUUGUGGUAAUGAGCAAGAGUCUGAAGACAUUCAGUUAGACGAGACGAGUUAAUGAGACGAAAAGCUUUUGAUUUCACCUAUCUAAAAAAAGCUGUAUGAGUGGACCCAUCCACUAAUAUAAUCAUGUGAAGCAUACUCCAUACAUGGAUGGAUAAGGCCCCUGUAUGGCAUCAGCAGCUUAGGGGAGGUGGUGAGGAAAACUGGCACAUACAUCUCUAGAAAUGCGUAACUCCAUAAUAGUUACUUUAGCUACAGGUGAAAUGUGGAGUUUCUAGUUUAGAUUAUAAGUAAAGGACAGACUGAAGACGUUCAACGUAGACACAGUUAAGUGUCAUUGAAGAAGAGAAUGGUUGUCCAGGACUCCAGUAGGUGGUGUCAGAGAGAGAGAGAGAGAGAGAGAGAGAGAGAGAGAGAGAGAGAGAGAGAGAGAGAGAGAGAGAGAGAGAGAGAGAGAGAGAGAGAGAGAGGAGUCUCCUUAUGAUCAAGGCAUGAAAAAUGCCAAUAUGAAGCUUUUAUAUCAGGCAAAAGGUGGAGAAGCAGAAAUAACCAGUUUUUAAUUGUACGGAGAGUCGGGUUGAAGACUGUUAUUAAGAGACAAAGCAAGUGAAGAUUGCUUUUUCGUUUGAUCAAUUUGUUUAUUAUCAUUGUUAUUAUUAUUAUUAUUAUUUUUAUUGUUAAUAAUGUUAUCAUUUUCAUCAUCCCAAAUGUGAUGACAGUUAGGGUUUUAAUGCAGAGGAAGUAAAGUGAGGUACGUCAGGUAUCCCAUGGAAAAUGCUAUAAAUAAAGCUUUCAAUAAUA